AUGCAUCAUACUUCUGAAUUCACUGAGCCCUCUGACGCGUCGGAAACUAAUCGAAAUGUUUGUGAUGAUUAUCAAUCCAGUGAACUAAAAGGAAUUAUUCAAACGGAAUACUCCGUCGAAGAAUGCAUGCAAGCUAUCCAAAAUGCAAGGAAACCAAAACCUAUGACAGUCCACAAGAAUGACGAUCGAUCCUCUUCUACAUAUGAAGCUUUUCAUGUUCCUGAUGAAUCUUAUUACAUUCGCCUGACUCGGAUUCGACGCGAAUUGCAGGAUUUAUGGGAUGAAGCAGGAUCUACUCGAGAAAAGCAAGAAGUAGAUUCUUUAUCAAACUUUCUAGAUAAACUGUGGAUGAAAAGAAUGUCUAGCGUUCAAAAGUCCUAUUCUGCAGACCCAGCGUCUAAUACUGACCCAAAUUCUAGUUUAGGAACCUGCGAACUAUGUAGGCAGCCUCUUGUAGAUUUUCUACCAAAAAAGGAACGCAGUCAAAGUGUUGAAGCUGCUAUUCCAUUAAAAAUGGGAGACUUGGAGUCUCGAAUUUCAACGCUGGAAGGAUUUGUAGGUGAUGCAGAAGAACCCUUGAGUAUGACAAUUGAAAGCUGCUUGCAGAAACUACAAGCGUUUGAGAAGGAUCCUUUGUUGUAUGAAAACAAAAUAUCAACUUGGGAUAAGAUACAGAAGCGUUUGCCAAAGGCCGGUAAUAAUGAUCAUAAGCAUGAUGGCGAUGAAGGCAAUCCUUCAUCGCUAUCAAACCUUGCUCCCACUGGAUUACUAGAUGAGAAAGAGUACAAUUUAGUUUCAGAGCUCCUUUUCGUUCAUCUACAAGAUGCUGAAAAAUAUCAAACUCUAGUACCUGCUCUAUUAAAACGAUUGAAGUCUUUGCAUUGCUUACAUUUGGAGACAGCUGAAACAAUGAACCGCUGGAAAAACCUUGAAAGCUUACUAGGAUCCACAACCCAUUCGUUGAAUCAAUGGACUCAACUAUUAAAACAUCUCGAAACGUCUUCGUUUCCUGAACAGAGCAUGAACGAAAUUCAAACAAUUUCUAAACGCAUAUCUGACCUUGAAGAAUUUUGCAAAUAA